GACCGUUGGCUUUCUUCAGGCUGGGCGACUCCAGAGAAAAUGAACAGAGAGAGAAAUAAGAGAGAUUUCUUUAGUUGUACUUUUUUGACCGUCUUCUCUGCCAAUACCAGUGUAGAAUACUGAAGAAACUGCAGCAGUCCUUUCCCAGCGUUUCUCUAAACAAUGUGUGGCAUUUUGAAGGUUGGAAAAGAAAAACAAACAAACAAAACAAGGGAAGGGCUGGCAGUAUCUGUGUUAAUUUGGUGUACAAGUUGUGUGGCACAUGGUGAGAGCUGGGUGCUGUCCUGUCCUUUUCUGAUUUGAACUUCAUGCAAGAUCACCGGAAUCCAACAGAGGUAAAUGGAAAUGGAAGGAAAGGAAUGGUCAGCAGGGAAAAUGUGACUGAACUUGAGUACCUGGUGGGUGUCAUCUCUCCUGGAGGGAGAAACUGCAGAACUGUGCAGUUAAGCAGAGAUGCAGCAUGGGGCAGGUCGAGACCAGUGCUUCAGGAGAGAUUGGAGUUCAACCUUUACUGCUCAGCAUCAUUCCUCAGAGCGCAAAAUACCCUGUGCCUCUCGUACUGACCGUGCUGUGAUAGGGAUCCUUUACCAAUUUUACGCGUGAGCCUUGAGAUAUUCACAGAUGAUGUUUUACUCGUUUGGACUACUGCGGAACUGCAGCUCCAUCCCUGCAAGGAUUUUGUCCUCAGCACUGCACUGAUUGAGCAGUUUUUCUACAAAGAUGGCAGUGUGCAGGGUAAAAGGAAACAGGACCCAUAUGUCAGUGGUCUAGGAUGGCCAGUGAAGGCUCCAACAUCCCAAGUCCUGUGGUCCGUCAGAUUGACAAGCAGUUUCUGAUUUGUAGCAUAUGCCUGGACCGUUACAAGAACCCCAAAGUACUUCCCUGUCUGCACACUUUUUGUGAAAGGUGCUUACAGAAUUACAUUCCCGCCCAUAGCUUAACCCUUUCUUGCCCCGUGUGCCGCCAGACUUCCAUUCUGCCAGAGAAAGGGGUUUCUGCACUCCAGAACAACUUCUUUAUCACCAACCUGAUGGAUGUCCUGCAACGAACACCGGAGAACAGCAUUGAAGAGUCCUCCAUCUUGGAGACUGUCACUGCUGUUGCUGCAGGCAAACCGCUUUCCUGCCCCAAUCACGAUGGAAAUGUGAUGGAGUUUUACUGCCGGUCUUGUGAGACAGCCAUGUGCAGGGAGUGUACAGAAGGAGAACAUGCAGAGCAUCCCACAGUACCACUCAAGGAUGUGGUAGAGCAACACAAGGCAUCCCUCCAAGUUCAGUUGGAUUCUGUCAACAAACGGCUUCCAGAGAUCGACUCAGCACUUCACUUUAUAUCUGAAAUCAUACACCAGUUAACCAACCAAAAGGCUAGCAUUGUAGACGACAUUCAUUCCACUUUUGAUGAACUCCAGAAGACUUUAAACGUGCGAAAGAGUGUGCUGCUUAUGGAACUGGAAGUGAAUUAUGGCCUUAAACACAAAGUUCUCCAAACCCAGCUGGAUACCUUACUUGAAGGACAAGAGAGCAUUAAGAGUUGCAGCAACUUUACAGCCCAAGCCCUCAACCAUGGCACUGAAACUGAAGUGCUGCUGGUGAAGAAGCAGAUGAGUGACAAGCUGAAUGAACUAGCUGAGCAGGAUUUCCCCUUGCAGCCCCGUGAAAAUGAUCAGUUGGACUUCAUAGUGGAAACAGAAGGCCUGAAAAAGUCCAUUCACAAUUUGGGCACUAUUUUAACCACCAAUGCUGUUGCCUCUGAAACAGUUGCCACAGGUGAGGGACUACGGCAGACUGUGAUUGGACAGCCCAUGUCUGUUACCAUCACCACCAAGGACAAAGAUGGGGAGCUCUGUAAGUCCGGGAAUGCUUACCUCACUGCUGAGCUGAGCACGCCUGAUGGAAGUGUAGCAGAUGGAGAAAUACUUGACAAUAAAAAUGGCACUUAUGAAUUUUUGUAUACUGUUCAGAAAGAAGGGGAUUUCACUUUGUCACUGAGACUUUAUGAUCAACACAUCAAGGGCAGCCCAUUUAAACUGAAAGUGGUCAGAUCAGCAGAUGUAUCCCCUACCACUGAGGGGGUUAAGAGACGUGUUAAAUCUCCUGGCAGUGGUCAUGUAAAGCAGAAAGCUGUGAAAAGACCUGCGAGCAUGUACAGCACUGGAAAAAGAAAAGAGAAUCCCAUUGAAGAUGAUUUGAUCUUCAGAGUAGGCACCAAAGGAAGAAACAAAGGGGAAUUUACAAAUCUUCAAGGUGUAGCUGCAUCUACAAAUGGAAAAAUAUUAAUAGCAGACAGCAACAACCAGUGUGUACAGAUAUUUUCCAAUGAUGGCCACUUCAAAAGUCGCUUUGGCAUAAGAGGAAGGUCUCCUGGCCAGUUGCAGCGGCCAACAGGAGUGGCUGUGCAUCCCAGUGGUGACAUCAUUAUUGCAGAUUAUGACAACAAAUGGGUUAGCAUAUUCUCAUCGGAUGGAAAAUUUAAGGCCAAAAUUGGAUCUGGAAAACUCAUGGGCCCAAAAGGCAUUUCUGUGGAUCGCAAUGGACACAUCAUUGUAGUGGAUAAUAAAGCUUGCUGUGUGUUCAUCUUUCAGCCAAAUGGGAAAAUAGUCACAAGGUUCGGUAGCCGAGGGAACGGUGACAAGCAGUUUGCAGGUACACUUGAUGGUCCUCAUUUUGCAGCUGUAAACAGCAACAAUGAAAUUAUUGUUACAGAUUUUCAUAACCAUUCUGUCAAGGUAUUUAACCAGGAGGGAGAAUUCAUACUGAAGUUUGGAUCGAAUGGAGAAGGAAAUGGACAGUUUAAUGCACCAACUGGUGUUGCUGUAGACUCUAAUGGAAAUAUUAUUGUAGCAGAUUGGGGAAACAGCCGAAUACAGGUUUUUGAUGGAAGCGGAUCAUUUUUAUCCUACAUUAACACCUCUGCUGACCCACUUUAUGGCCCCCAAGGUCUGGCCCUUACUUCAGAUGGCCACGUUGUAGUUGCAGACUCUGGAAAUCACUGCUUCAAGGUCUAUCGAUACUUACAGUAACAGUGAGCUCUGUAGCUGAAUAAUUAUCCAGCUUUAAGCAAAGACUGGUCCCAGAGAUCCAAGGCAGGAUAUCUCCUACUUUGAGUUCAUUUUUAACAAUGAAAGAGUCUAUUAUGAACUUCUUAUGUUAAUUUCCAAACUUAACCUUGUUUACAUAGAAAUUGCACCUCUUACGUUCCUCACUGAACUUUUUGUUUUAAGGGUUAAUACACAGAAUCCUCUUUAACUGAAUUCAUAAAGACAACAUGAUAUUAAACAAAAACUGCAACUUAUGGAACUGCAAUUAACUAGUUAGACAAAAAUGAGAAAAAACUGGGGAAAAAUCCCCAAAGCUUUUUGAAGACUGUGAAGGGUAGCUCCCAUUCAGAGCUUCCAAAUUUGAAGAAGUGUCAUUGUUAUACAUUAUUUCACCCAAAGGUGAUCCUGGGAAUCUUCUAGAUCUUGUUUUCAUGGUAGGUAUUACACUUUUAACAUUCUUAAGUCUUACUAUCUGUAACAAGUAGGUCCUUUUAGUAUAAAGUUCAGUCACACAAAAUUGAUCUAGUUCAAACUGUCAGAUCUAACUCAGCUCAACAUUCAGCACUAUGAGAAUCAAUGCAAAUUUCCUACUCGUGUGGGAUUAAUGAAGAAUUUUUUCAUGUACUUGUUCACUCUUUCUCUUGCUCAUUGUGCUGGAAGGACUUUGCAGAAAACUGAUGUUUCUAAAGCUCUGGAAAAGCUUAACUGUAGUGAUAUGUUAGUGAGAGCUGAAUUUCUGCACAACAGACCUUUUGACACCAAACUAGUUCAUUGAGAUCAGGGUUAUUGCAAUGUCAACUCAAUUAACCACAUGCGUGCCACCCUUUCGUAUAUGUUCAUUGCCACAUUUCCUUAAGGCAACUCAUUGUAUUAACAAAUAAGAAAAUGCAGCAUCACACAGAAACGAAAGCCAGAGAGGUACCCCUAUGGAGGACCUACAUUAUACAACAAAAGGAACUGUGGUAAACAGAGGUUGUAUAAGAAAGCCAAGGGUUACCAAAGCUAUUUCUUUAUACAUGAGAAAAAAAAUACAUUACAAAUAGGAAUGAAUUUGAACAAUUCCUGAAGUCCUUCAUCAAAGGGAAUUUUGUUAGAGGAUAAAAUAAGGACUGUGAGAUUUAUUAUGAUUUGUUUGUAUGUAUGUAUGUUUGACUGACACAAAAAAUUUAAAAAGUAAAUGUAGGUUAUUUCAGCAAACUGGAACAUAUGUAUGCCAUUUGACAAUGGUAGUAUUCUGAAAAAUGUCCCUCUUCCUUCCUGCCAGAUCUCUUUACUGUGUUCUUUACUGAAUUAUUAAUUUAAUGAGAAAUGCUUACAAUCAUAUGAUUUGGUUCUGUUUAUAAUGUUAUUUUUAAGUGUUUACUUGUCUUUUUUAUAGUAGGCUUUAUUCUUAAUUCUAAAUCCAGAGGGCAAAAGAUGAGUUGCCUAAUAUGUAUAGCCUAAGAUCAAUAGAGUGGUGCUCACUCAUAAACCUCAUUUGAGGAGCUGGUGAGUGUGCUGCCAAUGCCUAAAAUAGUUUGGGAAGUAGUGUAUUUCUUUUCUAAUUUUUAAAACCUUGAAACAAAUGGGCAUUGGGUCAGUAACAGGGGAGUGUUUUAAGCAUAUUUGCAAAAAUUAAAGAAACCUUUGUUAAAUUACUUUUUACAAAUAUUUGACUUAUUUCUAAAAAGGUUAAGAUUGUUUCAACAAAUUUAAGAAAAAGAUGUGUGUUUUUUUUUUUGUAAAGAUACAUUUGACUUGUAAAAAUGCAGACCUCUAAAUUCUUAAAUGUAGUGUUUGUCUACUCUUUUUAAUCACUGUUUCUUCUCAUUUUUCUUUCCAAUUUACAAACUCUCACACAAAGAUCCCUUUUCUUAUUUCACUGGAAAUAAAUAUUUUGUGUAUAAGGCUUGAGAUUUGAACUUACAUAUAAUGCAGCUAAGAAACUGGUGGUAACAUUUUUGAAAUGUUAAAACUGAAGUUUGUUCUUACCAAAAGAAAAAUAAUAACCUUUGCUUGAACUGAGUUUGUCCUAAAAUGCUGAAGAUGAGUUACCUCAGAUAUUAUAUAGUAAGCUGUCCUAUCAAAAUUUAACUCAAAUUCAAAAUUUUAAAUCAAAUUUCGUGAUCACUUAAUUUUAUUCUAAGUGUCCUUAUAAACAACUUGAUGACUUCUAGCAUUUGAAUGCCUUUCAAUUGCUAAUUUAUCAAUGAACAUAUGUAGCAUUUUAAAUGCAUUCUUUAACAAAGAGAAGAGGUUGCACUGGUUCUUUGAGAUAAAAAGUAAAUGAGAAGUGAGUGUAUUAUUGCUGUCAGUUAUGCUAAUACUAACAAGAUUUAGUUCAAAAAUGGAAUUUUUGUAGUAACAUUUUACUAAACAUACAUAGUUUCCACUGAAGAAACAUUGCCAAAUCCUCCAUUGCCAGGUACUCGGAGAAUCACAGAAAUCAGACCCUAAUAUGUAUAUCAAAACAUACACUUAAGACUAUACUAAUCCAUGAAUCCGUUUUUUCUGCAAAUGAAUUUCUGUUCAUUCUGCUCAGUAUUGUUCAUCAGGAUUUUAUGUAACCUCUGUCAAUCCAUAUCCGUAUGAAACAUGAAAUUCUGCACACAACUCCCUUGCUACCAUGUUAACAGAUAUUAGGGAUGAUGUGGAUGUUUUCUUAUGAUUGAAUAGUCUUUUGGGUUUUCCAUCUUAUUGAGGCUUCAGACAUCACCAGAGUAACCCUUAAGGCACCUGAAAAAAUGGCACUCGUUUGGAUUUCCUUCUGAUAGAUAGCAAAUGCUGCCAAUUUGUGGCAUGGGGUAUUUUGUUUCCAAAGGCUGACCUUAUCUUCCUGGCACAGGAAACUGAGAAACAUGUUGCUUUGGCAGUGUGCUUUUGAAGUCAGCUCAGCUAGAUUGCUUGGCUUACCAAUGUUACUAAGAACAAUCAAAGCAGAAAUUCUGUUCUAAAAAAACCUAACAGAUUCUUUUCUCAUUCAGUUAAGUGAACAUCAAAAUUGCACUACUUGAUGUACUGAGUUGUUAGCAUUUAUUAAAGGCUUACAGGCACUCUGCUGCCAGAUUUCAGGUAUAACCAGAAACGUUCCCUCAACUUCCCUAGAAUGCUAAGUGACUAGUGGCACAGCAUGAAUGACAAAAGUAUGUGCUUCAUUUAACUCAUCUUCAACUCGAAAGUAAUCUCAAAAGGUUAUCAGUUCUUAUAUAAUUUGGAGUAUUUUAGGACAAACUAGCUAACUGUAUUUUCAUUAUUUUGUGACUAGAAUAAAGGAUUAUGUUCACAUAAAUCCACUACAAAUAGGGGAUUUUUAUGUUGGUUAAAAUAGCAGCAAUGUAGCUGUGUAAGAAAAGGAAAAUAGUUUGAGGCAAAGCAUUUGUCUAAUGUAGAUGGAGAGUUAGUUAUUAGUAAAUGCUCUUCUGGUUCUGUAAAAGCUAGAGGCUUUUCAAUUUUACGUCAAUGUUCUUUACAGUUAAGGAUCUAGUGUUGCCAUAAUAAGGACUGUAAGUGCCCAAUAUGUUGUGUUUGUUAUGAAGAAUUGACUUCCAGCUGUGGGUGACAGCUAGUUACGAAAUCAUGAUGUACAUUGACAAUUUUCUCAAUGAACUGUGAGCGGUGAUUGUUUCGGACUGUUGGUGGAGAGUAUGAGAAAGGUAUUUGUGCUACAGGAUAGGAAGGUUCCUCACUGGUUGUGUUCUUUCUGAUGAAUGUACAGCACUUCGGUUGAUGUCUGUGAGCAACACGGCCUUAACCCUAAAACUUUUUGCUUUGGCUUUAUGACAUGGGAAUGUUCCCUAAACUGCACAGCGUAUGGCAGUAUCGCCACAUUAGACAUCUCUACCCAUUGAUACACUGCAGCUUUCCAGUUCCAAGACUCUGUCUUUCCUCUUCAUUUUUUUUAAAGCUUUUUGUACAUUCCACCUUUUUAAGUCAGUUUCAUAUGUUUUGUGUACAUGUAAGUCUUGCACUCUCUUGAAACUUAUGAUGAAAUACUAUCCUCACCUGGUUUUGUUUCAUUGUUUUUACUUUCUUUUUAAAUUCCUGUGAGGCUAUAUACAAACUUUGUCUCCUUAACAUUGAGUAUGAAAGAUGAACAUCAAAGUGUUUGUGUGUGUAUAUAGUUUUAGCUUCCUGUGUGCCACGGCAUUCUUAAUGCUUUAGCAGAUGGUAGAAAUAAAAAGUACUCUGCCUUGGAAAUGUAGGAAAAUCAGUCAAAUGUGUACUUUUACCACGCACAAAAAUUUCAAAUAAUAAAAAUAAAGCUUGUUUCCUCUGUUA